AUGGUUGAUGAAGAAAUUGAAGAACUCUUCAGACUUACAGGCGAAGAUUUUUAUAAAUAUAUUGAAGUACAUUAUGGAAAAAAUGUUGAAAAAAUCGUUAGAUUCCACGAUACUGAUAGUUUUUUAAUUUUGGGUAGUAUUAAUCAAGAUGAUAUACUCGAUGUACUUGAACAAUCAAAUAAUAAAAAUUCUUCUGAUCAACUUAUUGCUUUACAAAAAGGAGCGCAUGAUAUUAUUCGAAAAAGAAAUCAAUUUUUAUCUCUAACACAACAAACUAGAACAAAUAGUCGUCGAUCUUUAUCAUCAUCAACAAAUAGCAGUGGAGGUGGUGGUGAUGUCAACUCAAAAGAAAAUUAUGAAUAUAUACAGCAAUGUAUUAUGAAAAUGUUAAUCAAUAUGAAGAAUACUAUUCAUGGUAUUACUCAGGAAAAUAUAUCAGUAAAUGACUUUAAAAUUUUCCUUAAUAAUCUAAAUGAUGAUAAUAUACCAACUUGUGUCAUACAAUGUGUAUGCGGGGAUAGAAUUAAAUUAUAUUCUAGAUAUGGUCAAUUUCAAAUAUCAAAUUUUUCUAAACAUUUAAAAAAUACCAACAAAACGUCAAUUAUCAUUUCGAACAAUAAGACUAAAGAAACUGAUACAUCUGAAGGUUCAAAUGAAAUACUUGUUGGUGAUGAACAUUCAGAAGAUGAAAAUAAAAAUUCUUUUAUGAACGAAAGUCAAAAUAAAUGUAACCGUAUAAAUAGUAGUAAUACUUUAGGUUCAACAUCAAUAACAAGUACAAAAUUUUAUGAUCAACGUAAAUCACUUGGUAGUGAGUUCGACAAUGAUGAGAAUAAUGAUUCAUCAGCUAAACCAACAAAUAAAAAGUAA